AUGGGGCGUUUUCUUCCGUCGUCACAUCAAAGUUAUCCAUUACCUCCAGAAUUUGGUCAACCUUCAAACUCGGAAACGUUGGGAGAGAUCAUAGGUAGGACCGUACGCCUCCGCAAGAUUUACAAAAGGAAUUGGGCAAAUAUAUUAUCCGCAAAAUUGGAAUCUCUAUUUAAGACUGCGAGACAAGUGAAAAUAACGGUGGCUCAUUCCGAAAAUUAUUCCACGAAGUCCACAAAUGAGCCAAAUACGGACAUAGGUGUGCUUAAAUCCGCUUUUCAUAGACCACAGUGGAUGUGGAUGUAUUAUUAUUCAGAAGCUCAAUCGAUUCCAUCACUGUUUAGAAUGGCCACCGGCCUUGGAGAGAGCGUUAUUAAGAAUCAUGCAUUUUUGGAUGGAAAUAAGAGAGCUGGUCAUCUUGCCAUUUCCUUAUUUUUAGCUGUCAACGAUUAUGAUCUGGUCGCGGAUGAUGCUUCUACCGAGAAAAUUACAAUAGGUGUUGCAACAGGUGACGUUAAUAUAGAUAUUUUGGAAUCUUGGAUUACUAGUAAUGCGAAAAAGAGAGAGUAG